AGCGGUGACAGAUGACAGACGAGGAGCAAUGGGCUCCAGUUGCAGACAGGAAAGUUGAGGUGGCCGGAUACCUUCCCCUUGGCACGGGGAGUGUGAGGGGCUUCCCCUGUUCUCCCAGCCCGUGGCUGCCCUGGAGCAGCCUGCUACCAGCCCAGCGCCCUCCUGACCAUGUGCAGCACCACCAGGAAGUCCACGUGGUGCUGGGGAACGAAGCCUGCGACCUGGACUCAAUGGUGUCAGCCCUCACCUUGGCCUACUACCUGGCGCAGACAGCGGCUGGGGCCCGGGCAGCCAUAGUGCCAGUGCUGAACAUCCCACGGACCGAGUUCCCGCUGCGCUCGGAAAGCAUUUUCCUGCUGCGGGAGCAGGGCAUCCCUGAUGGCUGCCUCAUCUUCCGGGACGAGAUCGACCUGGCGGCACUGCACCGUGCGGGCCUCCUCACCCUCACCCUCGUCGACCACCACAUCCUGCCCAGUGGCGAUGCUGCACUGGAGGAAACCGUGAUCGAAGUUAUUGACCAUCGGCCCCUGGAGCGGGACUGGGGCCCUCGGCGCCGGGUCACGGUGGAGCCCGUGGGCUCCUGCACCACCCUGGUGGCAGAGCGGGUGAUGGAGGGGCCGCCGGAGCUGCUGGACAGACAGACAGCUGCAUUGCUACAUGGUACCAUCCUUCUGGACUGCGUCAACCUGGCCCCAGAAGCCAGGAAGGUCACCCCGAAGGACACCCAGUAUGUGGCCCUGCUGGAGGCGAGGUUCCCAGACCUGCCAGCACGAGACAUCAUCUUUGAGAUGCUGCAGAAGGCUAAGUUUGAUGUCACGGGCCUCACGACGGAGCAGGUGCUGCAGAAAGACCUCAAGGUGCUGUCGGGCGACCAGCUCAUCGUGGCCAUCAGUGCUGUGUACAUGACCUUGGAGGAGUUCCUGCAGCGGCCUGGCCUCCAGCACGACCUGCCCACCUUCUGCCAGCAGCACAGCUACGCCGCCCUCGUGGCCAUGACCAUCUCCUUCGGGGAGCGCCACAAGCCACACCGGCAGCUGGCCGUGUACAGUCCCUGUGCUCGGCUCCGUGCUACACUGUGCAGUGCCCUGGAAUGUGCCAGCAGCCCCCCCCUGGACCUCUUACCGCUGCCUAGCCCCUGCCCCGACCUCUGCACCUACCGUCAGGGCAACGUGGCGGCUUCCCGCAAGAAGGUGCUGCCCAUCCUGCGGGAGCUGCUGUUGCACGGGGGACCUGAGUCCUGGGGCUGCCGAGCAGGAGAGGAGGCGAUGGCAGAGGACGAGGCGUUGCUGCCCCCCACACCCAUGAACAGCUUGGUGGACGACUGCCCACUGGCCCGGGGACUGCCCGCACUGUCACCUGAGGCCGUGUUCGAGCGGGUCAGCCGCCUUGCUGUGGUGCGCCCUGGCCCUGCUGGCAGCCCUGAGAAGAAGUGAGGGGCUGGGAAGGGCAUCUGCAGAGCAACCCCCUUCCCUCGUGCAUCCAUCCACCCCCUGCAGCAUGGGGCUUUCCUCAGGGAUCCUUCCACACGCUUGGGUGCUUAGUCAGCCAGAGCCAAAGCAAAGCCCCAGCAGCAGCCUGGGCUGGGGUGCGGGGUGAGAUUAGGCUCUCCUGAUGCUAUGGCACCAGGAACAUUGCACAACCAGGGGACUUUUGUGACCAUCACACUUGAGCAGGGAGUUCCCCAGGCCAUGGCACUGUGCUGGGAGAUGGGGGGGAGCAGGCUGCUGGGGUUUGCUUCUCUUUGCGCAGUUCCUUUGCUGCUUCCUUGCCCCCUUUAUGCUCAGUCCAGGUCCCACGGGAGAGCUGCUUUCAUCCCAAACUUCAGGGGUGCAAGAGGCAAGACAGCACAGGAACCAGGCUGUAGCACCCCAGCCUGGGCACAAGUGACCAGUGCCUCUGGUCAUUAGCCCGGAUGAUUUUGGAUACAGCUUUGCCUCUCCUGGUCCCUGCACUGCCAGUCUCUGAGGCUGCUGAUUCCCUGGGGAAAUCAUACACCAGUUUGGCCUCUAAGUCCCCUGGGUGGGCUCUGAUUUCUGUGGCUCUAAUGUCACCCCGUCCCCCAUUUGACUCCAGCUAAACCAGAGGAAGCUGCUCUCAAACAUGGCUCACACAUGGAUUUCCAUGGGCUGCAGAAUGGGAGGCGAUGCCCUGUAAGAUUGGACCCCCACUUUGUCCGGGGCCAGAGCUGGGAGCAGAGCCGGUCCCGGCCUGGUUUGGUGGAGGGCUCCAGCCGCUGCGUGCCCUAGUUGCAAGCAGGUACGACUCCCACCCCACAAAACUGGAGGGGGAAACCCCGAGCCUAAGUGUGCUCUCUCCGGUUCAGCUCCUUCGGCUGCUUCUGCCCCCACUUUCGCAGCGGACAAGCAGUUUUUGAGUACUGGGUGUCCCAGAAGCUCCAGAGCUGGGGUCUCUGUGCACGAGCUCUGUGUGCUCGCAGGGGGUGGCUGGCAGCAUCCAGCUGGAAGGUACAAAACACACAGCAAGCAGCAGUUGUGGCCCAAGCUGCACCCAGUAAGCAGAGACCACCCCCCUCCAGCCCAGCCCCUGGACCUUCCUUGGUACGUCACGACUUGGUGUGAACUUCCCUUCUGACAGUCGUCUCUCAGGGGGGUCAUCCGGGGACUUCCCCAGUAGGUACUGCCCCCUUUGAGCACGUGGGAGGCUUGGAGGGGGCUGGAAGGUUGCUGUCAUUUGGGCUCAGACUCAGGCUGACUCAGACCAUUAUGGGUGACCAGUGGGGACAUCGCACAGCUGUGACGUGGGCAUGGGAAACCUUCCCUUGGGGGGAUCCAGGGAGGCAAAUCAGAGGCUUAGAGGUAGUAUGAAUUGUAAUGCAAGGUAUGAGCCUGUGGGACGGGUGUCCAUACUGGGCUUAGUAAUGGCAGCCUCUGGAUGGGGGUGUCAGGCUGAUGGAUCGGGGAUGGGGGGGGCAUCACCUCCUCCCAGUUGGGUUUAUCUGGGCAAAAUACUAUGCAGUAAUAUGAGCAAUACUUAGCCAGGGCUCUGGGUGGGGGCUCCAGCAUAUGGUACAAUGAGGAGUGUACGUUGAUUGGGUAUAAAUCACGUGAGAACCAGCGAGAACCUCUGGGCUGGUGGGGCUGGGAGCUGUUGGCCUUGUCCAGAGCAGAGCUGUCAUUACCUUGGCCUCUGCUCUCAGCAGGCCGUGCUUUCCAGCUGCAAGCUUCUGUGUUACAUUAAUAAUGUUAUUUUUUCUAAUGAUCCAGGUACUUUGCCCUCUAGCACUUUUGGGAGGCGGAGGGAUCCUUAAUUUUAUGUCCGACUGUAUGCAAACUUGAAUCGGGGUAGCAGGUUCAGAGCUGGUUAUAACGAGGGUGGGGUGAUGUUUUACAACCAAAGGGCCUGUGGGUUUCUUUGUGAUCUUGAAAUUUCUUUUGAUUUAAAGGAUUAAAUGUGCAUGCUUUCCUGAG